AUGUCGGUAUCGCCAGAGUUCCCACUCAGGAAUGGUACCUACAAAUUGCUUUUCGAUGUAGAAAAGUAUUUUAAGAAAACUGGUAUCGAAUCCUUCUACCCACACGUGGAGGUCGUAUUUAAAGUCAACGAUCCUGGAAGCCAUUAUCACAUUCCUCUUACUGUGACCCCUUAUUCAUACUCAACUUACAGAGGAUCCUGA